CGGAACGGAACGGUUAUCGGAGCAGACUUGGCGGGGUGUGCUGCACAAGACUGGAUCUAUCCACAUCCCGUCUCCGUAUCGUCGUCAAGAUCUUCUCGGCUUGCCUGAGAGCGACGCUCACUCACACCGCGAAGAUGUCUCAGUACGAUCAGCGCUUCUCCGCAUCAUCCCUUGCGGGGCCCAGUAACGGCAGCGGUCGCGAUGCGAAUGGAUCUUUCGACGCGUCGCACCUCGACCCGAAUAGUCAGAGGAGCUCGCCAAACAACACGAGGGUUGAGCCGGGUGUACACCAUGCUUCCAAGCAGAAGCCCGCCCAGACUGCGCUUAGAUCCCCCUUUGAAGAGGCGACAGUCAGGACGGUCCCUCAACCUCGUGACACCAUGUCCACUUAUUCACGCGCUUCCAUCGCGCAGUCACUCGAUGACGAGGUACUCGCUUCGCGAGCUCCAGCAUCGCAGCGAACGCCGCAUCCUGCUGAAGCGGGCUCCGGCUUCUUCGAUCGGGACUCCACUUUGGGCGAUGACCCCCGCUCUCGAAGGGCCCCUUCGACGAGCGAAACGUUGCGCUCGACCGGCGCAAACUACGACUUGCCAAGAUCCUCCCUGGCUGGACAUUCUCAAGCUUCGCAAACAUCUGGCAUCGGCCCGCGAGGGAAUCCACUAAACGUUCGUGACUUUGCGAUGGGUCCCUACGAUUCGCGGACACGGGUUGCGCCCGCUGCUCACGACAUCCACGGAAGCGCUGAUCGGACGAGGGUAUACGGCUUAGCUCGCGAUCUGCGAGGAGUAUCUCCAGACAGCGCCCAUCUACCGCUCUCGAUGGGCGGCAGUGAUUAUGGGUCUCAUCCAACAGCCGCCGGUGCUGUAGUUGGCCAAUCUGCGACGAGUGUAGCCAGCAAUGGGUUCAGCGUAGAGAUCUUUGCUCCAAGCUUCGAUCAUCGAGGUUAUCCAAUCUACUCGGGCAGAGCUGCCAUGAUCCGGGGCAGGAUACGCAUGCAUGCGAGCGAGAGCUGCGAAGUCAUCGUCAAGCUCUGGGCGUACACAUCUCAAGGGUCUCCUGCGGCUAUCUGGGACGGUAUCGCUUUGUUGCCUCCAGAUCAAGGCAGCGAGACUAGAGUAUUUGAGGUUUCCGACACCGUCAAGCCUGAUGCGCCUGGGGCACGCCUCCGGCCGCGUCCUGCUGCGCCUGGCGAGCAACCCUCAGACCAUUUCCCGGCGACUGAUGAUUUGGUUCUGGAGCUGCCCUUCGAGACGCAAAUGCCACAGGGAACUGCGACAAGAUGGAGGGACGGCGAAACGCAGGUCGUGCCAGUCGCGAUGCCUCCAAGCUUCGAAAUGUCUAGCGAGUCGGAUGCGAAGAAGAGGGCAGACGAUCGGGCUACCGAAAAGGAGAUGGCCGAGAGGUUAAAGCACGGGACGCUGACUUCAUCCGCAGCGAGCAUCAGGUCAAAGAUGACGCUAGGCUUUGGCAGUGGUGGUGGCUCGGUUGCGAACUCUGUGAGAGAGGCGCUGGAGAAGGGGUUUGGGGAAGUAUAUAGAAUUGGUUGCUUCUACUCCCUCAGCUUCACACUACAACGGCAAGGGGACUCGGAGAAGGAGUCGAAGUUCGGGAAGCUGGUGGGCAAGAAGGUCAAGAAGGAAAAGCGGCCAUACGAUACCAUCACGAUUCCGUUCCUGUUUCUGGGAGAACCGUCCGGCCUUCGUUUGCCACCUCAGAGCCUGCCAGAUGCUCUACCGAGCGAGAUGUUCUUCAGGGCUAAUACCCGCAUAGCCGAAGAGUGGAUCAUUGCCCAAGCCACAGCAAAAUGGAGCGGCAGUCUGAUUCGCACCGCUAAGCGCAGCGUAGAGCUUGAGUUGCACAUGUACGGAAUCGAGGGGCAGCCGCCCGUCCUACACGCGCCCUCUGCGUUCCCCAUUUUGAUAGUGAUCCGACCAAAUGAUCCUCACCUUUUACCGCGACCUAAAGAAUCGACCAACUCUCCAAGCAUGAGCAUCAGCGCCUCUUGGAAUUCGGCGGCAGGAUCUCCAGUCCCUUCGCAUACUCACAGCCCGGGAGCUUCGAUACAGGGAAUGCCUUUGCCACCUCCCGCAUCCGGCCUGUCGUCUUCGAUUCACGACGCGCUCGGCGAGCAACAAGAGCGAAUCGAGGACGUCGAGAGCACUUCAAAUAACGGCCUUGUAUCGCGUUUCAUGCGAUCGUCCCUGAACCUUACUCGCGCACCCUCAGGUCAUUCGAGCGCACAGAAUCCAAUGCCGACUUCACGCAGCUCUGCCAGCAUUGCUAGUCCAUCGACAGGCGCCUCCGGCCAUCGGAGCAGCACUUCCAAGCAAAUCACAAAGCAACGCUCCACCGCGAGUCUUGCGAGUGCAUUCGGCAAGCGGAGGCCGUAUACUGCUCCAACAAGCUCUCGAGGAUCUCUUUCGCCGCCAGGUUCGUCCACGGUGGUGCCGGAGCGCAGCGAUGGGCUGGACCUAGCAAAGUUGGUGCGCGUGUCGCUAUUGCAGACCACUUACUGCACGGCAACAGGACCCUCGGACGUGCCUCGAGUGAGACGAAAAGUCAUCUCCUUGGCAGAAGUCGAGGAGAUAGAUCCAGCCACGGUGGUCGGCGGACCUACGAGCCCUCCGCUUGACCUCGGAUUGGGCGAAGGCGAGACCACUGGAGCUGCGGCUUCGAGAGCUUUGAUCGCACAUGCCAAGACUACUGGGGUUCGUGUCCUUCGUGGGGUCAUCAAGGUCAGCGGCGACACAACUCCGGGAUUUAGGUGCCAAGGUAUCGAAGUGAAGUACGCAUUAAAGAUCGAUCUGCUACCUUUCUCGGCAAAGCAUUCCAACAAGAGACCUGCGAGCGGCGGCGCCGGAACGACAGCAAGCAUCUCGGAUGCUUUGAGAAGCAUAAGCGAGACUGCAAGACCCUCGUUCUCUUCUAGAAGAGAAGCUUCGCAGUCGUAUUUCGAUCGCAGGAACCCGUCCGAUAGCGAUCCUAAUUCGACACCGCGCACGCCGCCGAACCACCCAAGAUCUUCACACCUCGCGGGCGGACAAGCGGCAUCCCCGCCACUGCCACCUCUUCCGCCGCAGCAUCGCGGAUCGCCGGGCACGCUGGGCAGCCCGCAAAUGAGCGAUAUUCGCUCUUACGUUGGUGGCUCCGGGCAAUCGCAUGCCGUGGGCGAUAGCGUGUACGGGUAAGUCCUGCAGACAGAGCUUGCCGCAUUUGCUUGCGCUCCUUGCGCUCACGCUGACAAUCACUUCCUGACCAUGCUUGUAGGGAUGAUGGCC